UUUGACACAAAAAUGGCUGCCGAUUCUGGUGCUAAGUGUGUUUUUCUUUGAUUUUUCCACAGAAACAGGUGAUUUAGGACACAAAUUUACCAAUAGUGGCCAAAAUACAGUAACAGAGGAUGGCCCAGGAGAAGAAAAAGGUCCUGGCAGUGUUUGACUUUGAUCACACCAUCAUAGACGACAACAGCGACACCUGGGUCCUCAAGCUCGCGCCAGGAGGACAGGCCCCUGAUUGGCUACGGCAGACGUACCGCAACGGGCACUGGACCGAGUACAUGGAAAACGUCUUCAAAUAUCUGCACGACAAUGGAACAAUGUCCGACGAAAUCCUCGACGUCAUGGGCAAAAUUCCUUACACUGCUAAGAUGCAAAACGUCUUGAAGUACAUCGGAAGUAACAGCGCCAAGUUUGACUGUAUCGUGAUCUCGGACUCAAACACGGUGUUUAUAGAGACCAUCCUGAAGGCUGGCGGAGUGAAGCAUGCCGUGAAUAACACGUUCACCAACCCGGCUCACUUUGACAAGUCAAACUGCCUGCACGUCAAGCCGUUCCACAAGCAUGCCUGCAAGUCUUGCCCAGUGAACAUGUGUAAAAAGACGAUACUGUUAGAGUACAUAGGAACUCAAGCUCAGGACGGUGUUGUGUAUGAUAAGGUUGUGUAUGUAGGGGAUGGAGGGAAUGAUCUUUGUCCAUGUAAGGAGCUGUCAGGGUCGGAUAUAGUCAUGCCCAGGAGGGGGUACAGGCUGAUGAAGAAGAUAGAGAAGUUGUCAAAAAGCUCGCUCAGAGCCAAAGUUGUGUCUUGGGAAAGUGGAUCAGAAGUUGAUGACAGAGACCGCAAUAUGGCGACUGACAAGAAGAAAGUUCUGGCCGUGUUUGACUUUGACCGGACCAUCAUAGACUGUAACAGCGAUGACUGGGUGGCGGCACUUUGCCCAGGCGGGGAGCCGCCCAGAGAACUCUGGGACAGAUAUCGUCAGGGGUUCUUCAUGGAAGCAGUUCAGGACCUCCUGAAGCUUCUUCACGACAGCGGCGUGUCUUCUCAAGACAUCCUUGACGUCAUGACGAAAGCUCCUUACACGGACGGAAUGAAAGACGUCUUGCAGUUCAUCGGAAAGAACAGCGACGUCUUUGACUGUGUUGUGAUGUCAGGAACUAACGAACUUUUUCUGGAAGCUGCCUUUAAAGCAGACGGGGUGGACCGGGAGGUCAUUGGCAAGAUCUACACUAACUACGGUCAUAUUGAUGACAAAGGGAGAAUGCAUGUUAAGUCCUAUCAUAACCGACUCUGUAGUUGUUCUGUAGACAUAUGCAAGGGCACUCUGCUGCCUGAAUACAUCAAAGAACAGGCUCAAAAAGGUGUGACGUACACGAAAGUUGUGUUUGUCGGUGAUGGCGUCAAUGAUUUUUGCCCCUGUAAAGGACUGGGGCCGUCCGAUGUAGUGAUGCCCAGAAAGGGGUACAAACUCAUGGAGAAGAUAGAAGAGACGGAACGGAGCCCUGGGAACAAGCUCAAGGCUAAGAUCAUUCCAUGGGAACGAGGCUUAGAUGUCUUGGCUGUUCUUGAAGGGUUUCUGUAACCUCAGACAGUGUCGUGGAGGAUUUAGUUUCUUUUAUAUGUCUGUCAGAGUUGUAUCGUUUGUUGGCUGUUGACAUGACUAUUGUGUACGCUCGAGAUAUCAGCGUUACGUUAAAUUUAGAUCUAGAGGCGUGACAGUGUUCAGUGUUCUUGUUUGGGUGAAUAAAGACUUACUAUAAUUAUUGCCUCGAAUUGUAGCAUUGUUUAAUAACAUAUAUUGCCAGUAUAAUGUGUAAUGUAUCGAGGGAAAAUCUAAGAAAUUUCAUUGAUUAAAGGCAAAUGGUAAUGGUGUUUUUUUAGUUUCUUAGCAUAUCUGGUAGAGUUGUGCCAUAUAGGACGGAACGGGUUGCAGUAUAUAGCUAUUAAUGGGUGAAAUCUGCCGUCUCUGCCUUGUUUAAUGUUUCUAGAACCAGAACUCGACUAUAAACCCUACGAGUAUGUAGUUCAAGGUAGUAGAAAAAUGUUCUAGAUGCAUAUCAGUGGAAGACACCUACCUGUCAGUUAUCUAAAUAUGCAGUCGAAAACAUCCAUGAAUAUAAAAAUCAAUCAAAUAUGUCUAGACGUAUAACGUAGUAAACCCCGACAUGUACGUGUACGGAGUCUGGAUUCUUACAUAACAUCGACGUUAUGUCCCCCGUUGCAAUAUGUGGUAGAGACUGUCAUUCAAGUGUACAUGUAGUUUUCUUUAGUCACCAAAGAAGAUGCGGAUGCCUGCAUGUAUUAACUCUCCGUCUACCACGCUGUUCACAAAAAGACGCCAUGUAACCCCGCACGUAGUGUAAUCUGGAAACCAAUUUCAAAACCUAGCUUUUGACACUUUUUUUUACAAUCAAAGUUAGAUUGGGCGCUUUUUGUCAGAAGAAAAAAAAGAUAUCUUUGUUUUACGGCCCACGUAUA